CCUUGGAAUGCACAACUUGAUAAGCAACUCUCAAUUCUGCGAUAUUGUGGGAAGCAGCAACGGAGUCAGCAACGAAGGUUUCUCAAAUAUAGUCAAAGGUGAAAAGAUGGUUCCUGUCUUUGAUGAGCCACCAAACCCAACCAACGUGGAGCAGAGCUUGCAGAGGAUCAAAGAGAACGAUCCUCGGCUUGUCGAGGUUAACUUGAACAACAUAAAGAACAUUCCAAUUCCGACACUGAAAGAAUUUGCCAAGGCACUGGAGAGAAACACCCACGUGGAGAGUUUCAGUCUUGCGGCCACACGGAGCAACGACCCUGUUGCGGUUGCCUUUGCGGACAUGCUCAGGGCGAACAAAACACUGAAGAGCCUCAACGUUGAGUCCAACUUCAUCACCUCCGCUGGGAUCCUGGCGCUGGUGGAUGCGCUUCGAGAGAAUGAAACCCUCACUGAGAUCAAAAUUGAUAACCAGAGGCAGCAGCUGGGGACCCCGACGGAAAUGGAGAUCGCAAAGAUGCUUGAGGAAAACACCAAGAUCCUUAAGUUUGGGUAUCACUUCACGCAGCAGGGACCACGGACAAGAGCAGCCAACGCCAUCACAAAAAAUAACGAUCUAGUUCGCAAGAGGAGAGUGGAAGGAGACCAUCCGUAAAUCUUCCUGCCGCCAGAUGUGCAAAAUGCGGAGGACGCGGAGCUCCCCGACUACAUCUGCUUUGCUUGGGCUUCCACCACCCCAAGAUUUCUUCUUACCUGGGUAGAAGGGAAAAGACUGGAAUUGCCAUUCCUCUUUGUUUGUUUCCUCCUUUUGUGUCCUUGGGACUUAAUGUGGUAAUGUUCUAUUGUUAUAUAUGAUAACCAACGCCUGAAUAUCUUUUGAUCCCCAUCCGGCCAAGAUCGUUUCUUGAAAAACCCUUUUCUUUCCAAACUUGGGGAAGAUGCCUUCCAGAAAGAUAAGCACCAAUGCUGAAAUCUGUAUCACAUGCAGUCAGCGAGCAAAUGGAUCUAAACCAGUGGUUCUCGACCUUCCUAAUGCCGCGACCCCUUAAUGCAGUUCCUCAUGUUGUGGUGACCCCCAACCACAACAUCAUUUUUGUUGCGACUUCAUAACUUCAUGAAUCAUAAUGUAAAUAUAUACGCAGCAUGUAUUUUCAUUCACUGGACCAAAUUGGGCACAAAUACCCGAUACACCCAAAUUUGAAUACUGGUGGGAUUGAUUUUGUCAUUUGGGAGUUGUAGUUGCUGGGAUGAAUAGUUAAAUUCAAAGAGCAUUCUGAACUCCACCAACGAUGCAAUUGAACCAAACUUGGCACACAGAACUCUCAUGACCAACAGAAAAUACUGGAAGGGUUUGGUAGGCAUUGACCUUGAGUUUGGGAGCUGUAGUUCACCUAAGGGGACUCGAGGCAGCUAACAUGAGGCCAAGCCCAAAGAUGCAAUACAGCAAAAUAAAAUACAAAAUGUAGACAACAAAAAUACAUCCGAAUAAAAUGCAUACAGUUGCAAAAUAAAAUAAAUAAAGCAAAUUGACAUAAUAUAAGUUUACUACAAGCUGUUAUGGAGCCCCCGGUGGCGCAGUGGGUUAAAUCCCUGUGCUGGCAGGACUGAAGACCGACAGGUCGCAGGUUCGAAUCCAGGGAGAGGCGGAUGAGCUCCCUCUAUCAGCUCCAGCUCCUCAUGCGGGGACAUGAGAGAAGCCUCCCACAAGGAUGAUAAAAAACAUCAAAAAAUCAUCUGGGCGUCCCUGGGCAACGUCCUUGCAGACGGCAAAUUCUCUUACACCAGAAGCGACUUGCAGUUUCUCAAGUCGCUCCUGACACGACAAAAAAAAAAGCUGUUAGGAUUUCUGGGAAGGAAAUGGCAGGGAGGGGGCUUGGGGAGAACCCCCUCUCUCCUGGUCUGCCCACCUUGUUCCAGCCCACCAUUCGACCCCCAAGUCAGAAAGUUUGCCCAGUGUAAUUAUAUACUAAGGCAGUGGUUCUCAACUUGUGGAUCCCCAGAUAUUUUAACCUUCAACUCCCAGAAAUCCUUACAGCUAGUAAACUGGCUGGGAUUUCUGGGAGUUGUAGGCCAAUAAUAAUAAUAAUAAUAAUAAUAAUAAUAAUAAUAAUAAUACUUUAUUUGUACCCCUCUAACAUCCCUAACAUGGAGCCCCCGGUGGCGCAGUGGGUGAAAGCACUGAGCUGCUGAGCUUGUUGAUCGAAAGGUCGCAAGUUUGAUUCCGGGUAGCGGCGUGAGCUUCCGCUGUCAGCCCUAGCUUCUGCCAACCUAGCAGUUUGAAAACAUGCAAAUGUGAGUAGAUCAAUAGGUACCGCUCCUGCAGGAAGGUAACGGCGCUCCAUGCAGUCAUGCCGGCCACAUGACCUUGGAGGUGUCUACGGACAACGCUGGCUCUUCGGCUUAGAAAUGGAGAUGAGCACCACACCCCAGAGUCAGACAUGACUGGACUUAAUGUCGGGACUACCUUCACCUUUAACAUCUCCCCAAGGGACUCGGUGCGGCUUACAUGAGGCCAAGCCCACGGCACAUCAAUAAACAAAGGUGAUAACAAUCAAUACAACAGCUAAAAAAACUCUCAAAAACAAAAAAUAAACAAUAAGCAAUAAACAAUAACAAUAGAAUACAGCAUUUUAAAACCUAUGUAAUAAUUGAAAUUUAAUAUUUAAAAUGCUGGGGCAUGAACAAGGCAGGGUAAACUAGGAUAGGAUUUUCAGAGAGAAAUGAGGGAACGCCAUCAAUCCUAAAUCAGUAUUAAAGUGCAUUAUGAGGGCAUAUUGCUGAGAGUUCUCCUUAUUCUGGGAAGGCACACUGGAACAACCACGUUUUCAGGCUCCUCCUAAAGACUGCCAGUGUUGGGGCAUGUCUGAUGUCCUUAGGGAGUGAAUUCCAAUGUCGAGGGGCCACCACUGAGAAGGCCCUCUCCCUCGUCCCCACCAAUUGCGCCUGUGAAGGAGGUGGGAGCGUGAGCAGGGCC